UUGAAACUCAUCUUAAGAAAAUCAAUUUGAGCCGUCGCUCCCUUAGUGAGAAUAAAGAUGAGCGCCACUGGGCUCGAAUCGGCCACAAAGCCACACGCUGUUUGUGUUCCAUUCCCACUGCAAAGCCACAUCGGGGCCAUGCUCAAGCUAGCGAAGCUCCUCCAUCGCAAGGGCUUCCACAUCUCCUUCGUCAACACCGAGUUCAACCACCGGCGGCUGGCCAGAGCCCGAGGCCUCGAGUUCGCGGACGGAACGCCGAGCGACUUCCGGUUCCUGACGAUACCGGACGGCCUACCUCCUUCGGACGCGGACGCGACGCAGGACAUCGCGACGCUCUGCGAGUCGACGAGGAGCCAUAUGGUCGCCCCCUUCGGCGACCUCGUAUCGAGCCUGGUCUCGAGCCCGAGCGUCCCGCCGGUGACUUGCAUCGUCUCGGACGGGGUCGUGACGCUCACCACGAGUCCUGCGGCUUCAAAAUUUGGGAUUCCACUCAUACACUUGUUUACUGUAGCCGGUUGUACCCUCAUGGCGGUGAAGCACUUGCGAGCCCUCAGAGAAAACGGUCUUGCGCUACUCACAGCCACAACCACAGAUGAAUCGCAAUUUAUGAACGCAUAUGGGAACACCCCUAUCGAUUGGAUCCCGGGAUUGAAAAACAUGCGGGUGCGCGACAUGCCCAACUUCUUCCGAAUCCCUGGCUCCGACGACGCCGUGUUCGAUUUCUCCGCCGAUGUUGCCGAUAGGAUGGGCGAUGCCACAGCAACCAUCGUCCACACCUUUGAGGCGCUCGAGGCAGACGUGCUGCAUGCCCUCUCCUCGAUGGUCCCUAGGGUUUAUGCGGUCGGACCACUUCACCUGAUGAUCGAUCGAAUCGCUCCAGAAAAAUCGUUCCCCUCGAAACACAUUGAGUGCAAUCUCUUGGAAGAGCACGACGAGUGCCUCCAGUGGUUGGACACGAAGGAGCCCAAGUCCGUGAUCUAUGUGAACUUUGGGAGUGUAGCGGUCCUGACGCACCAACAAUUGGUUGAAUUUGCGAUGGGACUGGCUAAUAGCAACCAGUGUUUCUUGUGGAUCUUGAGGCCGGAUGCAGUGAAUGGAGACGCAGCGAUUCUUCCCGAAGAAUUCGUGGAGGAAACAAGAGAGAGGGGCUUUCUAUCUGGGUGGUGCUCGCAAGAGAGAGUGCUGUACCACCCUUCGGUCGGAGGGUUCUUGACGCACUGCGGCUGGAACUCGACCAUCGAGAGCUUAUCAGCCGGAGUUCCGAUGCUGUGUUGGCCAUGCUCUGGAGACCAGCAGACGAACCGCAAGUACAUCUGUGAUGAUUGGGGGGUUGGGUUGGAGAUGGAUGGCGAUGUGAAGAGAGAUGAAGUGGAGAGGCUGGUGAGGGAGUUGAUGGAAGGAGAGGUGGGGAAGAAAAUGAGAAGCAAGGCCAUGGAGUGGAAGAAGUUGGCGGAAGAAGCAGCCGGUGAAGAAGGGUCGUCUUCCAUGAAUUUGGACAAGUUGCUAGACCAGGUUUUGUCUACAUGAUGUAAUCUCCUUAAUGCG